AUGACCGACCGCGAUCUUUCCUCGGCCACAUCCACCCCCCAAACUGUGCGUCGUCGCCGUCCUCCGCACACAAUGCGACAUUCCGCCCGCGAGGAGGCUGAAUUAAAGAAGCCCCUCAAGUUUUCGAUAGCGUCGGACGAAGAAGACGAGCCCUCGCUCCCGUCAUAUCGCCCUCGCCGCCGUGCCUCAAAUGAAAAUGCCCAGCCUUCUCUUUUCCAUAUCCGCCUCAUCCGCUUUCUUAUCCGUCUCUUUCCCCGCGUCCUGCUAGUGCUCGUAAUCGCGGCAAUCGUUGUCGCUAUGCUGCCCGGCGGCUGGCGCGUCGCCCUCUGCGCCGCCAACGUGCUGCCGCCGCCGGCCAUGCGAACAGGCGAGAAUAUCACAUUGGUGGCACAUCGCGGCUGCGAGUUUCCAUACCCGGAAAAUACCUUGCACGGCCUGAGAUACGGUGCGCAGCUCGUGCGCUUCGUCGAGCUUGACAUUUCGCUCACGAGCGAUGGCCAUGUCGUGGCUAUGCACGACGAUUUGCUGGACCGUACCACAAACGGCACGGGGCUGACGUGUGAGAGGCCGUUGGACUAUGUGAAGAGCUUGGCUGUGAAGAUGCCGGAGCGCGAUCCGAGGGGGAAGAUUGCACAGGGCAAGUUUUGCUCGGAUACGACGGCCGGUGGACAGAGCGUGCCGUGCACGUACCGGGUGCCAACGCUCAAUGAGAUUUUCGACGAACUGCCGGAGGGCACAAAGUAUAUGUUGGAUGUAAAGAACUGCUAUGCACCGGGGAUUGAAGCCAACUCGCCGCACUGCAGCAAUUGUACGAUGUUGAGGGAAGCGACGAAGAAAGCCAUGGAGAAAAACUUUAUCAAACCAGAACAAGUUGUGUUUACAACACAGCAAGUAGCGUCCCUCAAGGCGUUUCAACUGGGACUGCCGAUGGGGUAUAGCUACUCGCUGGGGAUGGGCCAGUCGUACUCACACUACAAAAGAAAAACACUGAUGGCGAAGAUUGAAGGGGAUAACUUUAACACGGCGUCACUUUAUGUCGGGCUUGCGGCGGUGCGGCCUGACUUUGUUCGCCAACUCCGGGAAUCUUCGAUCCCGGCGUCGAUGAAGCAUAGAGAUGUGUUCGCGUGGACGAUACGCAGAGAUUUCGACUUUCGACUUGCUAGAUGCGCUGGUGUGACGAAUCUCAUAGUAGCAGAGCCAAUGCGAGUACUUAGGCGAAUUUCACGAGACGUAGGCGCGCUUCUCGCAGCAUCCGAAGACCCAUAA